CCAGGCUUCGGGGACGCAGCUGCUGGGCCUCCAGGCCUCUGGCUACGGAACCUCGGGGCUCUUUAACUGCUGCGCUCGCUUCCUGCACCAUGUCGGUGCGGACGCUACCGCUGCUCUUCUUGAACUUGGGAGGGGAGAUGCUCUACAUCCUGGACCAGCGGCUGCGGGCCCAGAACAUCCCGGGAGACAAGGCCCGCAAAGUUCUGAAUGACAUCAUCUCAACCAUGUUCAAUAGAAAGUUUAUGGAGGAAUUGUUCAAACCCCAAGAGCUCUACAGCAAGAAGGCCCUGAGGACUGUCUACGACCGCCUGGCUCAUGCCUCCAUUAUGAGACUGAACCAGGCCAGCAUGGAUAAGCUCUAUGACCUGAUGACGAUGGCUUUCAAAUAUCAAGUACUGCUGUGUCCUCGUCCCAGGGAUGUGUUGCUGGUCACUUUCAAUCAUUUAGAUGCCAUCAAGGGAUUCAUCCAAGACUCCCCAACCAUCCUGCAUCAAGUGGAUGAGACUUUCCGGCAGCUGACUGAAACGUACGGGGGACUCUCUGCGGGGGAGUUCCAGAUGAUCCGGCAGACACUCCUCAGCUUCUUCCAGGACCUGCACAUUCGGGUGUCCAUAUUUCUAAAGGACAGAGUUCAGAAUUCUAAUGGCCGCUUUGUAUUGCCCGUGUCUGGGCCUGUUCCCUGGGGAACUGAAGUUCCUGGACUCAUCAGAAUGUUCAACCGCAAAGGCGAAGAAGUGAGGAAGGCAGAAUUCAAGCAUGGCGGGAACUAUGUCGCGGCCCCCAAAGAAGGGUCCUUUGAACUCUAUGGAGACCGAGUCCUGAAACUGGGAACUAACAUGUACAGUGUGAACCGGCCCGUGGAAACCCACAUGUCUGGAGCAUCCAAGAACUUAGCUUCACAGACACAGGAAAGCAUUGCUCCCAACCCUCUUGCUAAAGAAGAACUGAAUCUCUUGGCCAGGCUGAUGGGAGGGAUGGAGAUUAAGAAACCCAGUGGCCCUGAGCCAGGAUUCCGGUUGAAUCUCUUCACCACUGAUGAAGAGGAGGAACAAGCAGCACUAACCAGGCCAGAAGAGUUAUCCUAUGAAGUUAUCAACAUCCAAGCUACUCAGGACCAGCAGAGGAACGAGGAGCUGGCUCAGAUCAUGGGGGAGUUUGAGGUCAUGGACCAGCCGAGGCGGAUCACCAGCAAGGGCGAUGAUUUGCUCGCCAUGAUGGAUGAGCUGUAGAUGUGCUGAGCGGGCACGCCCCUCCCCCUAUGCAGAGGAUGUUGGAUGAGGACCCUGGGGGGGGCCCCCAGGAAGCCAACUGAUGCUGCUAGUUUUCUACUGAGUGAAGCCCUUACCUCUUGUUCCUGUUUAGGUAGGAACGAACUGUGCGGGUCCCCCUCCGGGAGCACUCUUCUCUGGAAAGCACACACAUACACCGAUUUUCAGCAAAAUAUAUUCUAGCUUUUAAAUUGGACGGUUCCCACUUUCUUUCUGGUUUUAUGACAGUUGUGCAAAGCAUCCGGGGCCAUAGUUCAAGCCCCAGGGUCAGUCAGAGGGCACUCCUGUUGCCGUUUUCAGUUACAGCUUUGCUGAGAGGACCACGGCUGCCCGUGAAUCGUCAUGAAACUUCAGAGCUUUCUGGGAUGUGUUCUGCCUUGUGAGUCUGACAAAAGUGGGAAAGGUAGUUGCCUCAAACAGCCAGAGCCCAGUGUAGACAGCCCUCCUCUCUCAGGCACCCUGGGAACUGUAACUUCAGAGGCAGAGUAAGCAAGGCCAUGACAGGCCUCACACAGCGCAUGUGAGUGUCUGCAGUUCUCUGCACAUUUCUCUCUCCAUAUGUGGUGUGGGCUUAUCCCACAUGGAAAUGUGUACCAAGGAA